UUCAUUUAUUUUAGAACAGAAAAAAUAGGAGGGAAAGAAACAAGACAUUGAAUCGAAUCCCCCCUCCGACCUCCAUACUACAUACUCCAUAGUCCACCCCAUUUCUCCCUUCUCCGAAACUGGAUCUCCAAUGGCAGAAACCAAUUACACAAAAACAAUCCUCCAAUAUGCAAUUACAUCAAGAAUCCUUCUAUUAACCCUAAUAGUUCUAUGGAGAUCACUCCUCAGCCCUUAUGAUACUUCUGCAUCUUUAAACCCUAAUUGCCUUUCUCACUCUUCUCAAUCUACAAAACCCCCAAUUCUAUUCCCUUCAAUUGCUUCCGCCAUUGAAGAAAGCAUCGUAUGGGAUUCAGUCUACUUCGUUCGAAUUGCUCAAUGUGGGUACGAAUACGAGCAGACUUACGCCUUUUUCCCUCUAUUGCCUCUUUUCAUUUCCCUCUUAUCUAACUCAGUUUUUCGGCCUCUGGUUCCGGUAAUUGGGUAUAGAGCUGUGCUGGGAUUGUCAGGUUAUGUGAUCAGCAAUGUUGCUUUUCUGUUUGCUGCAUUCUAUAUGUACAGGCUUUCGCUUGUUAUUUUAAAAGACCCAGAUGCCUCGCUACGAGCAUCUAUAUUGUUCUGCUUCAAUCCAGCUUCAAUUUUCUACUCUUCAAUAUAUUCAGAAAGCUUGUAUGCUCUAUUAUCAAUUGGAGGUACAUAUCUUUUGAUGUGUGGAGUAAACAAUGUUCCUGUUCUAUUGUUUGCUCUCUCUGGUUCUGUAAGGUCAAACGGAGUGCUUAAUGCUGGGUACUAUGGUUUUAAGGCUCUGCACCAGUCUUAUUAUGCCAUGAAUUUCAAGAAGCGUGUUCAUUUGGCUCUGCAGGUUGUUUUAGCUGGAGCACUUAGGUGUAUUUGUAUUCCCAUUCCAUUUCUUGCAUAUCAAGCAUAUGGCUACUACAAUAUCUGUCAUGGACGUGAACCAGAUGAAAUGAGGCCAUGGUGCAAAGCAAGGAUUCCUUUGUUAUAUGGUUUUAUCCAAAGUCAUUAUUGGGGUGUUGGCUUUUUAAAGUAUUUCCAACUUAAGCAGCUACCCAAUUUUCUGCUCGCAUCUCCUGUGUUGUCUUUGGCAUUUUUCUCGAUUCAUUCUUACUUGAAAGCUGACCCAGAGAACUUCUGUUCGCUUGGUUUUGGAGCUACUUUAAAGAGAAAAAAUGCAGCAGCUUUGCUCUUUUCUGAAGGGGAAGAGCCAGUGAGGGAUGACUAUCAUUAUGCAGCAAAGCAAGAGGCUAUAAAUCUGCAGCAACGGCAAAAGCCCAUUACACGGGACACACAUGUUUGUCCUACUACAGAAGAUCAGGUCUCAGUUAAGUCUGGAUACUAUUCAGCGAAUGUACUUCCUUUCAUUUAUCACUUGAGCUUCAUGGCAGCCACAGCCUUCUUCGUUAUGCAUGUUCAGGUUGCAACUCGGUUCUUGUCUGCUAGCCCGCCUCUCUAUUGGUUUGCCUCUUACCUGAUGACUUCUGCUGGAAAGAGUCGAAAAUGGGCACGCCUUGUCUGGGCAUAUGCUGCCUCCUACAUCCUCCUUGGCAGUCUGCUUUUUUCAAACUUCUAUCCAUUUACUUAACAACAAUCAAGGCCGUGUUUAGAAAUUUAGGGGCUUCAGAUAAUCAAUUUUACAAUGUCAAAUUUGUGCUACAUUUCAAAAUCUUUUAGAGUUCCUCGGAAAGCAGCUACUCGCCUUCUAUACGCUAUGCAAGGAAGCAAAUUGAGCAGCGUAUCGGAUUGUGACCAUGAGAGAUUUGAUUGAUAAUUAGAUUAUUCAGUGAAUAUGGUUUCGUAA